AGCGCGCCUGCCUCCCCUCCAGUCGGCCGAGCAGCUGUCCAAGGGCUUGGAAUUCCAACAUGGCAGAGGCAGUGGUCAGUCUCGCUCGCAGCAGCAACUUGGAAUGCUCUCCGCUGUCGAGCCGCGGCUCCGGCAGCCUUUAACGCCCCGCAACAGCCUGCACACCGCCGCACUCGGAUCGAUGCUCGCGUGAAAGCCUGCAGCCGUCCUGUCACCUACACAGUUGUGAAAGGAGAUCUCGCGUGGCUGCAAUGAGAAGCAAGCCGUUGGAAUUCCACCUGGUGAACGUUGCGAAUCUGCCGUCUUCCUUCUCUUCUUCUUCCCGGGCGUGAAGACAUGAUUACGAGCACCAGCUUUUAUGGUCUAAAGAUGCAGUGGACCCCAGAGCACACACAAUGGGCAGAACAACACUUUGACAUCUCAUCCACUACCCGCUCUCCAGCGCACAAAGUAGAGGCCUACCGGGGACACUUACAGCGAACGUACCAGUACGCGUGGGCAAACGACGAUAUCUCGGCACUCACCGCCUCCAACCUGCUUAAGAAGUACGCCGAGAAGUACUCCGGGAUCCUCGAAGGCCCCAACGAAAGAGCCCUCCUCUGUUCCUACUCGGAAGGCACCGGCGGACUCUUGAACGGACGCAAGUCGGAGAAUGAGCCCUGGCAGGAGGGGAUUUACCCCAUGAACUGUGCUCCAGAUGUUAUAUCUGUGAGCAAAGCUGGAAUGACAGCUGCCCUACCCCCUACAGAUGCGUCAGCCAGCAUAGGCAGCUCCCCGGGGGUAGCGAGCAGCUUGUCCGAGCCCAGCUAUUCCAGCAGUAACUGCGGGAGCCACGCGGCCACGACUCUCCACUCGAGUCUUUCCUCUCAGGAAUACAGCGCCGGCUACAACGGCUCCUACCUGCAUUCCAGCUACAGCGGCCAGACCACCCCGGCCCUCCCUUCGCCGCAUCCCUCUCCUUUGCACAGCGCCGGGCUCCUGCAACCCCCGCCGCCGCCACCUCCUCCCCCCGCCUUAGUGCCGAGCUACAAUGGCGCGUCUCCAAACCUCCCCGGCUACAAUUAUCCGCCAACAGGGUAUCCCUCUCAAACGGCUGUCGGCCCCGGUUAUAGCCCCGGGGGAGCGCCCCCUCCUUCUGCUUAUCUGCCGUCCGGGAUCGCGGCGCCCACUCCCAUCCCUCCCUCCAAUUUGCCCGGCUACACCUACCAGUCCCACAAUCACGCUCCCAUCGCCCCGGCACCUUUGAACGGCAACGGGUCCAACUCGUUAAAACGAAAAGCUUUCUACAUGAGCGGACACGGAGAAGUGGACUCGAGCUACGCCGACUUCAACUACAACCAGCAGCGCUCUUCUCAAAGUCCCAUGUAUAGACUUGCAGACAGCAGCGUUCCAGACUCCAACAGGGGCAACGGCUUUGACAGAAAUGCCGAGGCCUCCUCUUUGGCAUUCAAGACGACCAAAGCUUCUGAUCAGCAAAGAAAAUUCAACAUACACCCUAGCGGGACUCUGACUCCGCCGUCCUUCGGAUCAUCCAAAAACUCCGUGGACGAUCUGCGAGCCGGCGAGACCUACGGCAAAUUUGGCUCACCCAUUUUGAGCGAACAAAGCGAAGAGCACAGACAGCACCUGCCUCAUUCCCUGACCGGUCCCGAUGUCGGUACCCCUACCUCGUCCAUCCUUGCUGCGGAGGAACAACUGAAGAACAGCGACCCCAACCUGGUGGACAUGGUGACGGCAGAAAUUCUUCAGCAGUGCCCUCCGGUGGAUUGGAGCGACAUCGCCGGACUCGAUUUGGCCAAAGCGGCCAUCAAGGAGGAGAUACUAUGGCCUAUUUUAAGGCCAGAUAUGUUCAGCGGACUUCACGCAUUACCUCGUAACCUUCUAUUAUUCGGACCUCAGGGAACGGGGAGAACGCUGAUGGCUCGCUGCAUGGCCAGUCAGCUCGGGGCGGCCUUCUUGCGCCUGAGCAGCUCCGCGCUGGUCACCAAGUGGUUGGUCGAGGGAGACAAAAUCAUCCAGGCUUCUUUCCUGGUGGCUCGGUGUCGCCAACCGGCCGUGGUGUUCAUCAGCGAGGUGGACUUACUCCUGUCGGCCCAGCUCAGCGAGGACAGCCCGGUGAGUCGACUGAAGGCCGAGCUCCUCAUGCAGCUCGACGGUGUUUUGUCUUCUGCCGAGGACCACGUUCUUGUGGUCUGCUCCACCAGUAAACCCGAAGAGAUCCCGGAGUCCCUGAGGAGGUACUUUACCAAACGGUUGCUUAUCCCCUUACCCGACGGGACGGCAAGACACCAGAUAAUCAACCAAGUGCUCUCCCCGCACAACUACUGUCUUAGUGACAAAGAGAUGUCAUUACUGGUUCAGAGGACAGAAGGUUUUUCAGGACUGGACGUGGUUCAGCUUUGUCAAGAGGCGGCGGUAGGCGCGCUCCACGGCAUCCCCGGUUCCGACCUGUCCGGUAUCCACCCCAGACAAAUGAGACCAGUCUCUUUUCAAGACUUUGACAAUGUGUUUUGUAAAUUCCAGCCCAGCAUAUCACAAAAAGAACUUGACACGUACAAUGAAUGGAACAAAACGUUUGGUUGCAGUCAAUGAAAUCAAUGAGACGCUUCCAGCGUGAUUUCUUAAAAGUGUUUGCGGUGGUCGUGGAAAUCAUGCACUGGGCUGGAAGAAUCGCGAAAAAAAAAAAAAAGACACUCGACGUAGUCAAGGGUUUGGCAUUUGAGUGCUUUAGAUGUAAAAUGAACCGAGCCGUAAUUGGAUAAAUUGCUACAUGGCAGGAGUUACGUAUGUGCUGACUCAAAGACUUGUAAAGGAAUACCCACUUGCCCCCCCUUUCUUGUUUUUGUAUAUACAUACAUAUAUAUGACUAUACUCUACUGCUGAUUUUGAGAUUUAGUUGCUAACAAGUGCCUGAGGUGGUGCUGGUUUAAGUUUUCUUUUUUGCCUCACAAUCUUCAUUGGUGACAUGUGCUAAUAGUGCGUUUAAAAAAAAAAAAGAAAAAAAAAAGAAGCUUUAAAAUGAGACAAAAAACUGCUUUCUCUUUUCCAUUAGAACAGCUGUGUCUGUUGUGUGCUCUUUGUGAACAGUUAUUUUUUGAGCUAAAUUCAAUUUUAUGGACAUUAUUUCAGCUUCAUUUUCUGGCAUAUUUUGUAUGUGUAAAUGAUUUUGUUACUGCAAAAAAAAAAAAAAAAGAUCAAACAUUAACAUACUCACUUUUGUCCAAUAAGAUUCUAGCAAGGUGGUAUUUUUUUCCGCUCCUCCGAUGUAGAUACGACUUAAAAGGGUGAAUAUUAUUUGACAAUAUGACUUCACUUUAACCAAUAAAUUAUUAUGUAAUCGUCGUUGGUUGUAAUUCACAGUGUUUGAGCUCUUACAUGUAAAAUGACACCGUCCAAUGUUAUAUUAUCAAUAUUUUCAAUACUCAGGAAAGUGAUUAUAGUUUUGUAAUCAAGUACAGUGAAGCCCAAUAUUAGUCAUACCCUUUGUUCUUUAUAUUUUUUUCAAAGUGUAAAAUGAUAAUUCCGUACUUUUGCUUUGUGGCUGACUGCAACUUCGCUUUGACUUAUUAUUCGAUUAAUCGCGUCAGCCCUGUACUAAAAUACAUCAUGAUCUUUUAGCUGAAAAUAAUGCAACUGUAUUAUGAAAGACUCUGCAUCACAAAAAAAUAUCUAACAGAUUAAAAUGUAUGGCCCGCGCCAUACUGAUAUUUUUUAAGCCGAUUACAAUAUUCAGCUGAAUAAAAUUCCUUCAACCGAUUCAUCAUACGAUUCUUUUAAAAAAAUGUGAAAAAAUGUAAAUAAUUGUUUGGGGGGUCCCUUAAUGUUGAAAACAAUGAUGAUAUUAAUUACAGCCUAAACAUCUAACUGUUUUACAAUAUUUUGUCCUCAUUUGUUCGUAAUUGUUUAAUUUAAUUCAACUUUCUUAUCUCAUUUUCAUCUAUCAGACCCCUCUCCAAAAACAAGAAUACACUUUCCCCCAACUUUUCACAAGGGUAUGGAAUAAUUUUGGGCUUAAUUGUAUAUUUCCAACACUACACACCACAAGAAGACUUAGAUCUGAAAUUGUAUCAAAACAAAAAAAAACAUACGGCUAUAAUACCUCAGUAAUGGUUUCUCCAAUGAAUGUAUAUAUUUCAUUUAGAUUUUCUUUUUUCGAGACACAUAGUCGCCUGAUUUUUAGUGUUACCUUGAAAUGGAACGUUGUAUUAUGAUUACAGAUUUGCCUUUGAAGAGAAUGGAAGCGUUAUUUAUCUGGAAUAGUUGCCUGCGGCUAAUUCCGGAGUUAUUUCCAAGGCGCUAUCAGACAGAAAAUCAUACGCAGCGAUUCUGCUCUUUGAGUUGCCCCGUUCGGAGGCUCAGCUGUACAUCUCGCGUCGAGAGCCUCGUAGAAUUUGAAAAAGGUGCAGACAAACAUCUUGGGGUUGAGCGAGGAAAAACUGCCUGGAGCUAUUUCAUUCCAUCCUGCUGCUGUUUUAUCAUUAAUGAAAACGAAGGAUUAUGUAUCUCAGUUUCUUUUCUACCUCAGUUUGUUAGUUAUCUCUGAAAGACAACGAUGUGACGACAGCAAAUGUUUGGAAAGAAUUUUAUUUUUUUUUUGGCUAUGUGCGACAUACGUUGGGUAUAAAAAGUCCACACACUUCUGUUCAAAUGGCAGGUCUCUGUGAUGCUUUUUUUGGUGUGUAAAAAUAACUGAGGUGAUGUAGUUGCACAAGUAUACACGCCCUCUUGUAUCUGAGAUGUGGUUGGGUUUAGAAUUUUAAGAUUUUCACUACCCUUCGAAAAGAUGAGCUGCUGGACACAUGCGAUAAAAGUUUUGAAAUGAUUAAUUCUUAUUUUUUUUAAAUUAUAAAAAUGUGGCAUUUGAUCAUGGGUGUGUAGAGUUUUUAUAGCCAUUGUAUGAAGCAGUGCUAUUCAAUUAUCGGCGCCUACGGCCCGGCGACAUUUUAAAAUAUGGCCCAACUGAAUUUGUAAUUGAGUAAAUAGGGGAAUACCACUGAUAAUGCUCGGUCCUCAUGAUAUCACACAAUGUCGUUCUAUUUCCACUUUAAACAGCUUGGUGACUUUGAAAGCAAAAAAAAAAAAAAAAUCCGAAUGUUUACGCAAGACGUGCUGUGACAUUGUCUCAGUCUAUAACUGUAACAUCCACGAGUUGAGUGGCACUCCUUUGACUUGAGGGCAAGUGGCAAGAUGUGACAAAGUGUUAUUUUUAGACAUUUAUUUAUACCUAUUUGUUGUUAUUAAUCGGUACACAAUCCCAGCAAGGUUUUUGGGCGUUAAAAGAAAGAACACGUUUGACAAGUGAGUUUGGCACAUUUGAAUGUAUGAUGUCUUUUGGCCUGAAACAGCACCAAACACUCGCACAGUGAUUUAAAAAAAAAA